AUGGCGCACCAUCACCGACACCAAGAUGAGCAGGAGUUCGAGUCGGGCCUCGAGGUCGUCGCCGCCCCGAGCCCCUGGCGCCCGAACGACAUCCCGCUCCCAGAGGUCGUGCCCUACGCCCACGUCGACGCCAAGCCCGCCUUGGCACCGCACGUCGCCGACGACGCCCUCGCCUGGAACCACUACUACAAACAGAACCCGGGCCUCGAGGUCGCCCCCGUCUCGCCGUACUCAUCCGCGUACGGCCCCGGCGGUCAGCAGCACCCUCCGGGCUACCACCACCCGUCGGCGACGCCGCUAAGCCAGAGGUCGCUCGACGCCGACGGCCAGCGGAAGCUGUGCGGCGUGCGUCGGAAGCUAUGCUACAUCGUCAUGGCCGUCGCCAUCGUCAUUGCCGUGGCGGCCAUCGCCAUCGGCGUCGGCGUGGGCUUGGCGGUCGGGCGGCGCUCGCAGGGCGACUCAGGCGACUCAACAAACCUCGAGUCAACAAAAAACGCAACAAUCACCUGCCCGGCCAAGGACAACGCGACCUUCUCGGCGCAGGACAACCCCGCCCGCCACUUCCGCCUCCUCUGCGGCCACGACUACAACUCGGCGGACGGCGCCAUAGACCUCUCGUCGCAAAACACCACCACGAUGGCCGCCUGCAUCGACCUCUGCGCCGCCCACGCCGAUUGCGUCGGCGCCGGCUGGGGCGAGUACUACGGCAACCGCGUCUGCUGGAUGAAGAGCCGGCUCGGGGAGAUGAACACGUCGGGGAACUGGCUCUUCGCCGUGGACGUCAACAAGGCGAAGGUGUAA